UUCUUUUUUCAACAGCCCCUUUUUUCCUUUAUUCGGGGAAGUGUUCCACACACUUCACACUGUAUUUUUCUCAUUGAAGCCGGGAGAUACUCUAAUUAGGGUUUAAUCAAGAACAGAACUUGGGGCUUUUCUAAAUUCACUAAACAUGAAGCUCACUCUUGAAUUUGGAGGAGGAUUGGAGCUGCUUUGUGACUCUGUAAAGAUCCAUAAUGUCGAUGUUGACCAGAAAGAUGUAGAAGAAAAGUUAACUAUGAAAGAUUUGCUAGUUUGGGUGGGCAAGAAUUUGAUCAAGGAGCGUCCAGAAAUGUUUAUGAAAGGAGAUACAGUGAGGCCCGGUGUUUUAGUUCUUGUAAAUGAUUGUGACUGGGAACUAAGUGGUCAACUCGAUACGCUUCUAGAAGAGAAGGAUGUUGUAGUGUUUAUUUCAACUUUGCAUGGGGGCUGAUAUCAAAUAAACUCUAUAGCAGUCAUUGUUUCGGAUAUCAUAUACGUCUGUGUAACACUAUUUACGCAGGGAAGUUAACGCUGAAAAGAUAGAAGUACUACUUUUUCUGUCUUUGAUGUACUUUACUAUGUUUGUCAGAACCUCAUAUAUUAUAAUUAUAAUUAUACUGAUGGGCCA